UUGGCUUGUAAACAGCACCAGAAGAAGAAGGUCAAAGUGAAAGUAAAAGAUUAAACAUCGGAUGGCCAGACGCCAUCUCGCAGGAUCCAAAACCAGAAAAUACCUUCACACGUUACGGCCUGAAAUCAAGUCUCCUCUAGCAGGAAAAGAAGCUGAAAAGCCUGGAAAAUUUGUGUGUAUGAAGAGAUAAAGGAGGAGAAACCUGUCUGUGAAAUGAGUGUCUAUGAGAAAGAGCAGGAGUCUUCUGUUGAAGCUCAGAGAGCAGGGUCUCCAGGAUUCAGCUGUGUUUCUAUGAAGAGUAACAACUCCAUGUAUCAGCCUCCUUAUCUCAGUGAUGUUGACGCUCAGAGAGCAGGGUCUCCAGGAUUCAGCUGUGUUUCUAUGAAGAGUAACAACUCCAUGUAUCAGCCUCCUUAUCUCAGUGAUGUUGACGCUCAGAGAGCAGGGUCUCCAGGAUUCAGCUGUGUUUCUAUGAAGAGUAACAACUCCAUGUAUCAGCCUCCUUAUCUCAGUGAUGUUGACGCUCAGAGAGCAGGGUCUCCAGGAUUCAGCUGUGUUUCUAUGAAGAGUAACAACUCCAUGUAUCAGCCUCCUUAUCUCAGUGAUGUUGACGCUCAGAGAGCAGGGUCUCCAGGAUUCAGCUGUGUUUCUAUGAAGAGUAACAACUCCAUGUAUCAGCCUCCUUAUCUCAGUGAUGUUGACGCUCAGAGAGCAGGGUCUCCAGGAUUCAGCUGUGUUUCUAUGAAGAGUAACAACUCCAUGUAUCAGCCUCCUUAUCUCAGUGAUGUUGACGCUCAGAGAGCAGGGUCUCCAGGAUUCAGCUGUGUUUCUAUGAAGAGUAACAACUCCAUGUAUCAGCCUCCUUAUCUCAGUGAUGGAGCUGCUGUGACCUCUGACCCUGGUAUCAUCAACAGGAAUAGAAAGAGAGUCACAUCUCCAGUAUCCAGCUCUGUGUCUGUGAAGAGAAACAAAUCCACUGGUCAGUCUCCUUAUCUCAGUGAUGAACCUGCUGUGACCUCUGACCCUGUUGCUGGGAGAGCUGACCAGAUCAGAUAUGUGUCCUGUCAGACCUUCACAUCCUCCUCCAGUCAGAACCACAUCAGUCAUCAUGACACAGAAGCAGAUCUGCAGCUCGAUUCUCAUCAACCAGAGCAUGAUGAUCUGCAGAGAGUCAAAGACCAGCACAAAACCAACAUGAAGAACAAGUAUGAGAGCUUAUUUGAGGGAGUCAAACUACAAGAGAAUCAAACCCUUCUGAACAGGAUUUACACACAGCUGUACAUCAUAGAGGGAGAGAGUGAAGGAGUGAAUGAAGAACAUGAAGUGCUACAGAUGGAGAAAAGUUACAGGACACUCCAAGACACUCCAGUCAACUGCAAUGACAUCUUUAAUCCUUUACCUGAACCAGGAGAUGAGGAGAAGAGAAGAGAGAAGAAAGACACAAUAAAGAUUGUUCUUACUAAAGGCAUCGCUGGAAUUGGAAAAACCGUCUCUGUGCAGAAGUUCAUUCUGGACUGGGCCGAGGGAAAAGCCAAUCAGGAUGUAGAUUUCAUGUUUGUGCUUCCAUUUAGAGAACUGAACUUGAUUAAAGAUCAUCAGUACAGUCUUUACAGACUUCUGAUUGACUUUCAUCCUGAACUUCAAGAUCUGGACUCAAAGAUUUAUGAUGAAUGUAAAGUUGUGUUCAUCUUUGACGGUCUGGAUGAAAGUAGAAUCACACUUUUGUUUUCAGAUGUUCAGAAAGUUUCUGAUGUGACUGAGACUUCAUCAGUGGGUGAGUUGAUGUCAAACCUCCUGAGAGGAGAUCUGCUUCCCUCUGCUCUCAUCUGGAUCACCACCAGACCAGCAGCAGCCAAUCAGAUCCCCUCCAACUACAUCAACCGUGUGACAGAGAUUCAGGGAUUCAAUGACCCUCAGAAGGAGGAAUAUUUCAGGAAGAGAAUCAGUGACGAGCAUCAAGCCAACAGAAUCAUCUCACACAUCAGAAGAGCAAGAAGCCUCCACAUCAUGUGUCACAUCCCCGUCUUCUGCUGGAUCUCAUCCACUGUGCUUCAAAACAUCCUGAAACAAGAUCUCAGUGCAGAAAUCCCUCAAACUCUGACUGAAAUGUACAUCUACUUCCUUAUCAUUCAAACAAAUAUGAGGAACCAGAAGUAUGAAGAGAGAGAUCCAGAGAACCUCCUGCAGGCGAACAGAGAAGUGAUUGUGAAACUUGCUGAACUGGCUUUCAAUCAGCUGAUGAAGGGCAAUGUGAUGUUUUAUGAGGAGGACCUGAGAGAGAGCGGCAUAGACGUCACUGACGCCUCAGUGUAUUCUGGGAUUUGCACUGAGAUCUUUAGGGAGGAAUCUGUGAUUUAUCGCAGGAAGGUUUACAGCUUUGUACAUCUGAGCUUUCAGGAGUUUUUUGCAGCACUGUAUGUGUUUUUCUGCUAUUUACACAAGAACAGUGAGGUUCUGAAGAUGUUCCUGACAGGAAAGUCCAGAACUCAGUGUGAGAAUAUUCCUCUGGAUGUGUUUCUGAAGGAAGCAAUGAAUAAAGCCUUAAAGAGUAAAAAUGGACACCUGGAUCUCUUCCUUCGGUUUCUUCAUGGGAUCUCGCUGGAGACCAAUCAGAGACUCUUACAGGAUGUAUUGAUUUACACAGAGAACAACCCAGAGGGCAUCAAGAAAAUAACCCAAAACCUCAAACGAGGUCAGAAAAACAAUGUCAGUCCUGACAGAUGGAUAAAUCUGUCACACUGCUUGAUUGAGAUGAAGGAUAACUCAGUUGUUGAAAAAAUGCAGUCGUUUUUAAAUUCUGGAAAUAUAAGUAAAAGUCUUACUCUUGCACAAUGCUCAACUUUGGCAAACAUAAUCCUGAUGUCAGAGGAGGCACUGGAUGAGUUUGAUCUUAAAAAAUUCACCACCAAAUCAAAAGAUGGGAGAUGGAGACUGUUACCUGCUGUGAGGAACUGCAGAAAAGCUGUAUUAACAGGCUGUGAUCUCACUGAUCAACACUGUGAAAUUGUGGCUUCAGUUUUCCAAACAUCAAACUCCCUUAGAGAGCUGGACCUUAGUAACAAUCAUCUGCAGGAUUCAGGAGUGGAGCUGCUCUCUGCUGGACUGAAGAGUCCAAACUGUCAACUCAACAUACUGAGAUUGUCCAGCUGUAAUCUCAGUGAUCAGUUCUGUGAGAUUUUGGCUUCAACUCUACAAUCAUCAGACUCCUCCCUGAGAGAGCUGGACCUGAGUCACAAUGACCUGCAGGAUUUAGGAGUGGGCUACCUCUGUGCUGGACUGAGGAGUCCAAACUGUCAACUCAACAUACUGAGAUUGGCUGACUGCAAGCUCACUGAUCAGUGCUGUGAAACUGUUGCUUCUGUUUUACAAUCAUCAAACUCCCUGAGAGAGCUGGACCUGAGUAACAAUCAUCUGCAGGAUUCAGGAGUGGAGCUGCUCUCUGCUGGACUGAAGAGUUCAAACUGUCAACUCAACAUACUGAGAUUAUCUCAGUGUUUGGUGACAGCAGAAGGUUGUGCUGCUCUGGCAUCAGCUCUGAAUUUAAACCCAUCACACCUGAGAGAGCUGGAUCUGAGCUACAAUCACCCAGGAGAUUCAGGAGUGAAGCUACUCAGCCACCUGGAAAAACUCAAUGUGGAUCUUGGAGGAGAGUUCAGGAUCACAUCAAGACUCCACAAAUACGCCUGUGAUCUCACACUGGAUCCAAACACAGCACACAGUGGACUCGUUCUGUCUGAGGAGAACAGAAAGGUGACACGUGUCUCUGAGUCACAGUCAUUUCCUGAUCAUCCGCACAGAUUUGAUCUGUGGGAUCAAAUUCUGUGUUCAGAGACUCUGACUGGACGCUGUUACUGGGAAACUGAAUGGAGCGGAGAAGAAGUUUAUAUAUCAGUGGCUUAUAAAGAAAUCCAGAGGAAAGGAUUGAGUGAUGACUGUUUGUUUGGAGGUAAUGUGAACUCCUGGAGUCUGAUAUGCUCUGAACAAGGAUUCACUGCUCGUCACAAUAAUAACUCCACACGUAUCUCUGCUGCUCCAGACUCCUGUAAGAGAGUCGCAGUGUUUCUGGACGAGUCGAGCGGCUCUCUGUCUUUCUACAGCGUCUCUGACAAACACACACUCACACACUUACACACAUUCACACACACAUUCACUCAACCUCUACUCGCUGGAUUUAGACUUGGUUAUCAUAACAACUCUUCAGUGUCUCUGUGUCACAUUAAACACACACACAUUAAAUGCACACACACAAACUCUCUCUCACACACACAUUAGUACACAUAGGUUGAGUGUGUAAUGAUGUGAAAUUUUGUGUGUUUUAAUCUGAACUCCAGAGAAUCUCAUCUUCAGGAAGUUGAACAUCAGUUUCCUGUUUCUGAUCAUCAUGAAGAUGUUUCAGUCACACACACAAACAGACAAAUACACAAGUGUUUGUGUGAAAUCAGCUCAUAUUUACACUGCUCUUUAAUAUUUCUCUGGCUCUAUUUUCACGAGUUCAUGUCGUUUUAGUGUAAUAGAGUUCAGAAUUACUUCAUUAUAAUAAUAUUAAUAAUGUGAUGAUUAUACAGGUAAUUAUUAUGUGUUUGAAACCAACAUUCACAUCACUGGAGAAAAGAAAACAUUCAUUCUCUUCAUUUGUGGGUCAUAUUUAAUGCUUGAAAUUAAGUGUUUUUGUUUGUUUCUUUAUUUGUUUUUUUGUUUUUUUUUAUAUUUCCAAAUGUAUUUGUAACAAUAUACCGAAGGCUUACACAUAAUUUCCAUCAAGCCUGCAGUUUUUGAUGAUAAUGAUCAGCACUCAUGCAGACAUUUGUUGUGUUUUGAUGUUUCACUGCGUCACAUGAUCCUUCAUCAUUUCCUGCAGAGCUACAGUCACAGAAGCGUCUUGUUUUCCUGCUAUCUUGAGACGCUUGACUCUGUCUGUGAUUGGUUGGAGGAGCUGGUGGAGGCACUGAGCAGAGAGAAAGCGCUGUGACUCGACUCCAGGCUGCUCAUGGAGCCCACGAUACAAACACAAACGGACGUCCAUUUCAUAUUUUGAGAAGGUGUGAUUUUUUAGUUAAUGGUGUUUUAAUGCUAAGCACUUUGCGGUGUAAUGAUACUGACCUGAAGUCAGUGGAGAGCAGCACCUCUGUGAAAUACAUGACUCUGCAUUUGUGUGAGGAGACCUGCAGAGAGGCCAGAACAUCAUCUACACGCAGACGACUGGAAGAAGUGCAUGAUGGACUGCUGUAAAGACGCCACUGCAGGAUGUAGAAACCAGGCCAGCGCGUCACAUGAGAUCCCUGAUGGGACAGAUGUGGAUCAGAGCAGAAAGAAGUGUGUCUCAUCUCCUGAUCAGUGUGUUUUGUAGUGAAAUAUGAACCAUGUUGAUGUUCUGACAGGGUUCAUGAGACUCCGCACCUGUACACUCUCUCCCUCUCGGCAGCUCAGGGCCGUCUCCACCAUGCUGUAGUCUUGUCCCAGCAUCCAGGAUCUGUCGAUCAGCUGGACGUUGUUUCCGGCGGGACAGGCGAGGUUGUGUGCGCUCAGACCUUCUCUUUUAAAGAUUACAAUUUUUAUUUAUUUAUUUAAAUGUAUUUAAAUGUACAAUGAUGUGAAGUGUCCCAUUAGAUGUAUUUUUAAUCGAUUAGGAACUUACCAUUGACCAAUGAACAGGUUUUUACUGUAGUAUUGUCUGUUACUGUUGAAAAUAGUAUGAACUGUAAUAGAAUAAAAUCAUGAUUUUA